UGAUAGGAUGAUAAAAGAUGAAAAGAAUGUGAAGGGACCAAUAUUUUCAUCAUCAAAGCUUCUCCCAGCUUCGGCUACUGUAGCAGAGGCAUGUAAUAUACCGUUUGGAUUCCUGUACGACCCCACCCAACAAAAGCCGGUCACUCCAUCCUCGACAACUGUGAGAUGCUCUAAUUGCAAAGCUUAUAUUAACAAGUUCUGCAAUGUUACCGAGACAUCUUGGAGAUGCAUAUUCUGUAAAAAGGACUGCGAAAUCGUUGACGAACAACAGAUUCCUGAAGAACAGCUCACAAACGAGUCCUAUUCCAUGGUCAUUCCAGGAGAUCAGCCGCUGAGAAAGCACGUACUAUUUAUUGUUGAUGACUACCUGAGCACUGCAGAAAAACUCACCAUUUUCAAAAGUAUUAUCAAGUAUCUAGAAACAGCACCAGACAGAACCCUCGUGUCCCUAAUUCUUCUCAGCAGUGUAGUUAAUGUUUACAUGUUGGGCAGGGCUCAGGGGCCUGUCCAGUCGGAAGUCUUCUCCGGUGCAAUGACCCAGGACCUCUACAAAUACUUAACAUUCCAUGCACGUGACAUGAUCUGUGAUCUGACCACUUCACGCUCAUCCCUUCUGGAGACGGUUGAAGACAUCUGCUACGGGCUGGAGUGUAAAAGCAAUGCUAUCGCUAACAACUCCCUCAACAAGAGACGCACUACUAACAGGAUGGACAAGGGCGCUCCAAAGUGUUUAGGGUUCAUGUUUGAACUCUUACUGUCCAUCUUAAAUCAGGACACGAAAUUGGAAGCAGUAAAGCACAUGAUAAUUUUCAACGGAGGGGAACUCCCACAACCAAACCUGCCAGACUCAGCUCGGACUGAACAAAACAAACAAUAUUUUGCCAGCCUGGGUGUAUCUCUAUCUAAAACUAAAGCUGCUGCACAUUUGUACUGUUUGGGAAAUGCAGUGUAUGGUAUUGAAAGAAUGGCUCCUCUGGUGGAGAAUUGUGGAGGAUCAAUCAUGUGGCAAAAUGAUAUUUCCGGGGAUAUGAGCAGAGAAAUAGCAAAGUGUAUAGAGAAAACUAUUGGUUACGACUGUGUCAUCAGACUGCAAACAACCUCAAAUGUUACGUUAUCACAGAUUGCAGGUGCAACCCAAGAAAGCAGUCUGUUCACUAAAAGAUACCCUGUCCUCACUCAAGACAAGAAGUUUUGGGCUUCGUUCUUAAUUUCCAGCAGAAUAAACACACAGCCCAUUUUCCUACAGUGUACUAACUCUUACACCGACACUGUCAUGUGCGCCAAGGUAACACAUGUGAGUACAGUGAGAUACGACUGUGUCGUAGAUCACGAGGAGAUCAUGUGCGCCAUGUGUCCGGACACCGUGUUCGCGCUCUGCGCGCGACACCACCUACAAGCGCUGGAUCAGCGUAAGGAGAACUCGGACGCACUUGUGGAGCAGGCUCAUCAGCUGGUGACGAACUCAGAGACAGCAGUCCAGCAUACGGUAAAAGCGCUGAUCGAGGAGUACUUGGAGAAGUUGUACUUCCUGUUACACGGUCCUAUUAUUAGUCGCAUGCUCCAGCAGAGGGAUCUUCAAUAUUAUUUGUUACACUUGCUGUCACGCGCUAGUGUUACAGCAGUGUCACAUCUCGUCAAAGCCAAGCUAUAUCAACUAUCAUACUGUACCGAGGCUGGAUCGACAGAGUUAAGAAUAUCGGAAUACCCUCCUGUAACAUUGGCUCUUAGAUCAGAUAAAGCAGUUGUCCUGGAUACGAUGACUGAUAUCUAUAUCUGGAUAGGAUCAAAAGUACAGAAUAAGAAAGAAGAGCUGUUGGAACAAGCUAAAUUGUUUGUGGAGCAGCUCACUGCUGACAGAUUCCCUGUACCUUCUCGUGCAGUUCUAUUGGACGACACAGCCUCAAACAGAUUUGUUGAUUGUUAUUUGAUGCCUUUACAUAAGGACAGCCUGGAUAUGCAACUCUCUAUUCUCCCCGAAUUAAAAGAAAUAAGUGCUGAAGAUCUGCGUCAACUAAGCUAUAAGUUCCAGCAUGUAACGUUAAAAUCGUUUAACCAAUGGCUCGAGGAAGUAAGACUCCUCGUAACACCUUCUUUAACAUAUAAGACCUGAACUGACAUGGAGAAAAAUAUUUUAACAUUUCAUGUAAUCAACGUUUUAUGUAUUUUUGAAAGCUGUGUUAUAAUAUUUAAAUAUUUAAUUUAUUUUAUGAAUUUAUAAAUACUGAAACAUUAUAAACUUUAUUUACUGAAUUAAAUUUUGAUUAUUAACGAGUGAACAUUGACGAUUAUUGAUUACAAGUCUAUGUUAACAUUUAGACAUAUCCCUUACAAAUACGUUAUAUGUUGCAGCCUACGUUUGCUACAUUUUUAUUUUUACUGCGAAAACCAGUUUACUCUCCGCUGAAUAUGUAACAUAAUGAGUAAUGUUGUGUGUUAAUCUAAACUGAUACUUAAACUGAUAUUUACGUAUA